AUGAAUCGGCGGAAAGCAGGCGCCCCGCCGAAUUUUUUGACGAGAACGAGUCUGGAAACGCUUCUCACCAACAGCGAGUCGCCGUCGUUUGUCGUCUUUCGCAAAACUUCAGAAUCAACUAGAUAUGAGCAGCCAGAGCAAGAUCUCACUGGUUUGAUCAUACGCGACGGGCAGAAACGACAAAAGCCAAUUUCUCCAAUUGCACCGGCAAGUCCGACGUAUCCAGCAGCGAAAAGAGUUAAAAACGAAACUGUUUUCAAUGAUUUUCACAGCCACAUCAAGUUAAACGAAACGCGAUUGAAAGCGGUGGCAGGAGCGAAUGUUGAUAUUUAUGAAAUGUACGCUGGUCUUUGCAAAUCGGUCGUUCCGAUUCCAGUUCCACACAGUCUUCUCCAGCCGCCCGACAAUGACACAUCGACCGAAUCAGUGACAAACAACACAGUUUGCAGCAUUGAAGAUCGAAAACGGGCGCUGUUGCAAGUCUUUUCCCGCCGAUUCAAGCUCAACAUCUCCGACGAAACGUUGCAUUUAGGAGCGGCGCUGCUAGACAAAUGCCUAGAUUUGAUGGCAGUUGAUAAGGAGAAAUUAGAGGAAUUAGCAGCAGUGACGUUGAUUGUGGCGAGCAAAAUUGAAGACGUCGCGUGUCUGACAAUCGGAAAUGUCAUUGAGUUCGAAUUAGUGAAGAAUCGGUCGAUUGCGAUGAUAGCCUCUCUUGAAAGAUUCGUUCUCGCCUCCCUCGCUUUCAACGUCACCAUUCCCACUCCAUUCAAUUUCGCCACCUACUUGCUCCUUCAUCUUCACGCUUCUCAAACAACCAUCUACUCGACAUAUUACUUCCUCGAACUCUCCCUCCUCUACGUCCACAACCGUUGCUUCUCGUCGGACGUUGUCGCCUACUCUGCCACGUGUCUUGCAGUCUGCAUGGAAGCUAACACUGGAACAAGUGAAGCCAGGGUUUUACGAGAUACUGAACUAAAAUUGCGAAUUUUCGCUGACAAGGACUAUCACACAAAGAGAGAGCAGAGUCGAGAAAUCAUGCGGACUCUUUCCGAUCUUUUUCUUGUGGCAUCCGAUGAGAAACACGCCAUUUUUCGAGAAUACUCGUCAUCCCGCCGUGACUACGUGGCGAUGCGGCGACUCGCUCCAGAUCUACUGGAAACGCUACGUGUCAACUCCCCUUCAUUGAUCUCAUGA